UUUUCAAAAACCACCAUUUUCAACUCUCUCUCUUUCUCUCUCCUUUGAAGGUGUAACAAUGGCGGAAACCCUAACCCCCAAUCCAAUUUCAAAUCCGAACAAUAAUAAACCACCUAUUGUUGCUCCAACUACUCCCUUUUUCCUAGCUUCUAACGACGAUCAACUCGAACGCGCUGCUGCACGUGCCGCACGUGCUGCCGCCUUCCGUCGGAAACCCGUCGAGAUUGUUCCUCCUCGAAAUUCUCUCUCCUCUGACUCCUGCCUUGACCGUCACCAAAUUAUGGAGUUGUUCCACAAUUGCGUUAAGCUUGCAAGUGAAAAUAAAAUAACUCAGAAGAAUACGUGGGAACUGAAGUUAAUUGAUCAUCUUAGUGAGAUUAUCAAAGUUGAAGAAGAAAACAACAAUGCUGCUACCAACUUCCAGAGGGCAAGUUGUACACUGGAAACUGGGGUUAAAAUAUAUGCUGUAAGGGUUGAUGCAUGGCAUGCUGAUGCAUACAGAGUUCUGGGUGGAAUCAGCAGAACUGGUCUAGGAGAUGAGCACGAAUUUUCGAUUGGAGGAACUAGGACCUGCAUAGCGAGAAAUGGGAAAAAAUCUGUAAAGGAAACAGAGAGAAAGGUCUCACCUUUGUCAACAGUGGAGUCAUCUUUUGAAGCUCUGAAUAUUAAGAAGUUUGAUGUUGCAUUUACAGUGGAUCCUCUGUAUCAUCAGACAUCUGCACAGUUUGAUGAAGGUGGGGCAAAGGGUCUCCUUUUAUGUAAUCUUGGAGUUUAUGGAGGGUGCAGGGUACUGUUUGAUUCUCAAGAAGUCCCAGCAGAGUGUAUAUCAUCCACAAAUGGCAGUACCAGUUCUAAUCUGGUCGAUGUUUUCUUUGCUAAAGAACAUAUUGAGCUAAUGGCAGCGAACUUGCAUCAGAAUCAAGAUAUCUCUCCUAGUCUAAGAGUUUUAGUAAAGCAGAUUGAUGAGCUUCGGUUCCCAUCAAGGGUUCCUGAUGGUACAGAAUCCAUUAUAAAUGAAAACAUAAUUGAUACAAACAAAGUUGACAAGAAAUUCUACGGUGCCACUGGUGCGACUGAGGAUAUAGGGGCUCAGAUUUACGAUAGCUCUUUUGAUUAUAAUGAGGUGUGGUCUGCAGACAAUGACCAUGAUGUGACUAUUUCUGAUGAAGAUGUAGACAUGGGUAUUCCUACGAUGCAAAACUAUACUGAGGACACAGUGCAAUAUAUGCCUCUUGUGGGCGACAGCUUUGAGAAUGUUGGUUCGCUUUUCUGCAGAGGAUUGGGAUAUGAAUCAGCACGUAAUGCAUGGGCUGGGCCUGACCAUUGGAAGUAUUCUAAGCCUAAUGGUCCAGAAAGUAUAUCUGUUCAUGAUAGCAGGUUAGAUGGUGCUUGUAAGAGACCAAAAAGUAAAAGUUCAUGGGCAUCAGAUAUUGACUUCAUCAAGAAUUUGGAUGAUAAAGUGCCUGAUAUCUUUGUUCCUGUGAAAAAUCCGAAGUCUUUGCUUCUUCCUACUAGAAAAGUUCCCUUUCCAAACAAACUUCCAGAGGAUUGGCAUUAUCAACCAGAGGAUCUUGUGAAGUUGUUUCUUCUUCCUCAUGUCAUGUGCCUGGGUAAAAUCAGAAAAGUUUCAGGUUCCUUGCUUCAAGGAGAUGAUGUCACAUUUCCUUCAUGGGACCAUGAAAGUACAGUUUAUGGCUCAUGUGACGACAAUUUUAUUCACAGAGAUACAGAAGAGGACAUCCUAGUUUCUGAACCUCGUCGGGUUGAUAAAAUUGAAGUUGAAUAUGACGAAACUUCAAAACAAGUUGAUAUACAUGUGCUGAAGAAAACACUUUGGACACUUAUGCAAGGAUCUAUGCAGACACCUGAAGUGAUGCAUGCGGACGGCAUAUCUUUCAGACAUAUCUUAACCACCUUUCCUGAUGAUUGCAAAGCUUCUGUGACUCGUGAUAUUUCCCCGCAUCUAUGUUUCAUCUGCCUUCUGCAUCUUGCAAAUGAGCAUGAGCUGACAAUCAUAGGCUGCCCCAAUUUCGAUGACCUUAGUAUACAUCUUCCUGUUGCAUGUGAGGAUAUUGGUGAAGUGAUACAAGCAUCAUCAUAGCUGUAAUGUCUGUAUAAGUCGCAAAGUAUGUACAGAAUCAGGAGAUUCAGGAGAUUGUCAAUUGUAAUAUCUUGUCAAUUAUCAUCUACUUCACUAGAGAUUCAGGCGAUGCUAACAAAAUGUCAGUUAAUGUCUCACCUUCAUUCUUAGUUUAUGAUGCCAUUCUGCUCAUGUACAUACAGAUACCAUCUCUCUAUAAUGUAGAACUUUUUUCCUGCUAGAUUUGGUCAUGUAAACUUCUUUCCCAGAAUAUUGUUGCUUUUAUGUAUUCCUGAAUUAUCUG